AUAGCUAUAGAGAGAGAAGCAAGUAUUCACUCAUAAAAUUGAGAGAGAGAAAACAAGGUAAGUAUUGAGAAUGAGUGAAGAGCUUCAAAUAGUUGUAGCACAAAAGAAUGUUGAGGCACAAUAUGUAGAGAUGAUGGUGCCUUUGUAUUCUUUUGGAUGUGAGAGGAAAAUCAAGAAUGCUUUGGCUAAUCUCAAAGGUAUUUAUUCAGUUAAUGUAGAUUUUGAGCAACAAAAGGUGAGGGUGUGGGGAAUUUGUGACAAAUGCGAUGUUCUGUCGAAAGUGAAGAAGAAGAGGAGAGGAGCACGGUUUUGGGAAUUGGAAGAUGAAAUUCGAGUGCAAGAGUUGGGUGUUGGUUCCGCCCCUUCAUCGCCACAACAUUCUUCCAUUUCUAUUAACAACAAUUCUGCAAAAUAUUUGGCUCUCAUCAAACCACAAUCCCUAAACUUGAAUUGGAGAGCUCUGAAAAGAGUGUUUAAUAGAUCAAACUCAUUUUAGAAAAUAUGAGAAAAAUUACUCAUGAAUAUUAUCUUUCUCUACUUUUUGAGAAAAAUUGACUUGUACCACUUGGGUUGGUAAAAACAAAUAUUUACAAUUCUACUGAGUAAUAAACACCUCAUUAAUUAAUUUCA